AAUUUUCAAUGUUUUACCUCCAACUCCAUUGAGUGAAUUGAGUCCAUGGGUCGGUGCUUAUUCUAAUAAACUUCUACUUGUGAAAGGAAAAGUAUCUGAAUCUUUGAAUUGACUAGUUUGCAUGUAUUGAGAAAUACAUAAUGGAUGAUAUUGUAAUAGAAUUUGAGAAUUUGAAAUUAUCGGCAUUUCAAAAACUGCAGCAAUUUGAUCCAAGUAGCAUAAACAAUGUAACCAUAGGCCCUAACGCUGAUACAUCAAGGAUUAAAGUUGAUAGAAGAAGCCCUAGUAAAAGAAGUAAAAAUGAUAAUGAUAAAAUCUCCACCAAACAGGAUUCACCAGAUUCAAACAAGAGAAUAGAAGAUUUGGUAAAUAACUUAGAGGUGAGAAAGAGUGUUCAUCAUGAUCAUAUUGAAACACUGGAAGAAUUCAGUAGAAAACAAGAAUUAAACAAGCAGAACCAAUGGUUGAGCAAUCAGGUUUUAUCAGAGUCAAACAAUAGAAUAGAAAAUAUGGUAAAUAACUUAGAAAUGCAUAGAUUACAGGAGGUGCAAAAAAGUGUGCAUAAGCACAUUAAAACAAUGGAAGACUUCAGUAGAAAACAAGAACUAAACAAGCAGAAGCAAUGGUUGAGCAUUCAGAAGAACUUUGUAGAUGACAUGCAACAAAAAGAGAUCAAAAUAUUCAAAGCAUUACAUGAGUUUGACAAAAAUAGUUCAAAUGAUCAAGCCAAACUUGCACAGUAUUACCAAAAUAUAGAGUUGCAUAGGCAAAAGCAAGAACAAAAACUGAAAAUGAAAGAAAAACAGACACAAAUCAUACAUGGAUAUUUAGACCAGAUACAGAAGUAUCAAGAAGAGUUCAACAAGUGUUAUCAACAAAUAUUGCCUGUGAUAAAAAAAUGUUCUAAAAAUGAUGAACUUAGAUCUUUAAUUGGAGAUGAUUCAAAGUUGUUCAAAUCAUUACCUGAAAGCUUUGAUGAGUUAUUAGCUCAAUGUAAGACUGGUAAAAUAAAUGAGGAAGAUAUAAAUAAAGCAGCACACCUAUUGACACAACUGACUGCCUUCAAAACUAGGAUAGAAAGUAAAGUUGAUGAAAUAAAUACAUCCAUUGAACAACAAAAUAAUUCUAAUGUUCCUACUAAAACUGAACCUCCACCUGUUGUGAAUGUUCCUGCCAUGAGUCAAAAUGUAAAUAUUAUGAAUGUACCUAAACCUCCACAGCCCCAAAAAGUAAUUUCAAGUUUGAGUCAAUAUGUUAGCUCAGAAAAUUUGAGAAUGUAUGCAGACAUUUUACAGUUUCAUGAUACUCAUACUGCUAGUUUUAAAUCUCUAGAAAGUGAUGCCAGUCUUAAACAAUUCAGGUUUGAUUGUAAGAAGGCUAUCAAUAUACCUGUGAAUUCCUUGUCUGGUGUGAACUCUGAACAUAUUUUGGACAAAUACAAUCGUUUACACAACCUUCUCAGAGGUAAAGAUGUUUUAGUGAGUGACAAAAGAAUAAAUGCCAGCAAACACCCUCAAGGUAUUGCAUUUUGUAUAGACCUGUUAGCAAAGAAGUUUGUUUUGCAAGGUGAUCUCAUAGUGUCCAGCAAUCCUGAGUCAGCAUUCUGUUAUGCAACAGUGAUAAUAUCCUUAUGGAAUGAUUUUCCCACUUUUGGAAAGCUUUUGUUGGCUUAUUUCUACAAGUCCUGUCCCUUUUUGGUUCCACAGUACAUUCCUCAGCAGGAGCAUGAGACUGAUGAGGACUUUUACUUGAGACAAGGCUAUCAGUAUAAUGAAGGACAAAUUGAGAAACAAGAUAAGUUCUUGAAAAGAAUGACAGGUAUUAUGAGAUUGUAUGCAGCAAUUCUUAUAGUGAAACCUAAAAGAACUCAGUCAGGAUCACCUCAUAAUAUACAACAUGGAUGGAGAUGGAUGUCAUCUCUUCUGAAAUUAGAACCCCAAGUGGACAUAACUGCAACUGUUUUGCAUGCAUUUUUGGAAAUGGCUGGUUUUGAAAUGGAUGCCAGGUAUGGUAGGAUUUUCCAGAAGUUGAUAACUAUUAUCAUAAACAGUUAUCUUCCUGGCCUGAGAGAAAAAUGUACUGGAGGAGCUGUUACUAGGCUAGAACUUUUAUUGAAAGAUUAUUUCCAGAACAGGAGAUUUCAAACACCCACUGGAUAUCUGGAGUAUAGUUAUUGGUAAAAAUAUUAGUGAUUGUAAGUAAUUCGUCAUUUUGUCUCAUAUGCCCUAUUUAUUGAUAUUUUGAUUUC